AUGAUCUUUAGUGACCCUCAGGCAAUUCCAUCUCCCGCCGCGUGUACCUGUCUCUCCACUGCCCACUUUACGGAGAAACUUUCCCCCGUUUUCCACCCCCCACCGCCGCCCUGCGCUCGUAACAUGGCGGAUAGCUUCAAGCCGGAGAGGAGUGGAUGGGAUGGAGCAGUGCUCUCCCCUCCUUCCUCCCUCCUUCCUUCAGCAGUAGCCCAGCGCCUGACGGAGAGUCCCACAUCCUCAUCCUCCCCUCACCAGCCGUGCUACCUUCCUCCUGCCCCCAAAACACAUCAAUCAAAUAGCUCCCUCUGGACAACAGCCCGCCUGGCCGCCCGCCUCCUCCUUCGCAUCCCGGCUAGCCAAGUCUCUGGAGAGCUGUGA